GCUCGCCUGCUCUGAUAGGUUUGUCAGCCUGAGAAAACAGCAUUUAUUGACGCCUUGUGUGAUGUAGCGAGGGGCUCCUCUCAAACAGCACCACAGAGGCUGCAGCAGGGCUCCUUCUGCCGCUGCUGAAUGGAUUACCUACUAAUUCACCUUUCCCGAGUGGUUUUGCGUGGACCCUCCUCAUCUCGCUGCCUCUCUGUGGUUUCCAUGAUUCUAUGAGCAGCUCGGCAGGACUGCGAACGCUGAUCAUGCACUGAUUUGAGAGCAGCUUUGACUUAAGAGUCGCAUCGUUGCUGCUGGGUGGACGCACAGCUGAUCAUCUGGAGAGGGUUUUCUGCAACAAAUUGUUGCAAACAUUGUGAGGGGCGAAAACAUGGUGCCAGUACCGCCUCGGCUUUCCAUGGCACUGUGAGAACUUUCUUCUACCCUUGCCCCUCUUUUUUCCCUCUCCCUUCCUCUCUUUUGUUUUAGAUGUUAGGCUGCAGGAUCGUGCUUCCUUGGGAAAUUAUCCACGUUUCCCUUUUCAAUUAUGUUCACGUUUGCUGCCUUCUGCUACAUGCUGUCUCUGGUCCUCUGCGUGUCCCUGAUUUUCUUCGCAAUAUGGCACAUAACAGCUUUUGAUGAGCUUCAGGCUGAUUUCAAGGUGCCAAUCGAUCAGGGCAACCCACUCCAUGCGAGGGAGAGACUGCGAAACAUCGAGAGGAUCUGCAACCUGCUGAGGAAGCUGGUGCUGCCAGAGUACUCCAUCCAUGUGUUGUUCUGCAUCAUGUUCCUGUGUGCUCAGGAGUGGCUGACUGUGGGCCUCAACAUUCCUCUGCUCUUCUACAAUACGUGGAGGUACUUCCAUUCCCCGACGGACACUAAGGAGCUGCUCUACGACCCGGCGUCCGUGAUGAAUGGCGACACACUCAAGUUCUGCCUGAAGGAGGCCUGGUGCAAGCUAUCCUUCUUCGUCCUCUCCUUCUUCUACUAUCUCUACUGCUCAUACUGGACUGAUCUGCAGCAGCAGCAGCAGCAGCAGUGAGUAUGAUCUACUCCUUGGUUACCUCAUAACAACUGAUUAUCAGCAACUGGGGAGAAACAGGAACACCUUUAGAGGCGUUUGAUACCACGGACUGCUGGUCUGACACUGAAAGACAAGAAAUUUAAAAGUAAAAUAAAAACAAAAAGACCUUUUUUUUUUUUCUCUUUGCUGUGAAGCCAAACUCUGAACAAAAGUGGGGCUGAAGCUUCUUUUGUGCUUCAUCCCCAACAGAAGGCUGGACAUGCUUAAUCCUCGACUGUAUAUAAAAACUGAAGAUUAAAUCUACUGUUUACAGUUUGACUCUUCAUAGUGAGACCCAAGUUAAUCACUGCCGGGCAAACGUUUGUACCACACAUACACACAAAUACAGUACACACACACGCACACACACAGUCGCAGCCUCCUCUGGAGUGCUACUGUACUUGCUGUAUGGUAACUGCGGUGGUAGCCCAGAGGACAAAGAGCACAGUAUUGCACAGUUUGUCUCAGGCACAGCACGGUGAAGCACUGUCGGCCCCAGGACAACUCACCGAACCCUCAGUCGCUCCUCUUCGAUUCCUCACCAACUGUAGCUUCACCGGUGAGUUCAGAACGAGGGACAGACGAACGGAUCACACUGUACAGCAAAGAGAAACGAGUUCUGGGGUUGAGAGCACCAGAGCAAAUAUGAGAAACACACACAGUCCGUCCGUAGCCUGUGGGAUUUUCUUUCAAACAUAUGUGAAUGGCUUUUUGUGAUGUGUGCAUUUUGGUGUUUUCUUUAAACAAAGGCAUUUCUAAUUGAUCUUCAGCAAACAUAUUCUCUUUAUGGCAAUGCCUUCUUAGUGUUGUCCUAGUGUUGUUCUAUUGUGGUAAACUUUUCGAAAACUCAAGCUAACAACUGAAACCUGGCAAAGCUUUGAUAGUACAGGAGCACACAUUCUUUGCACAAUUAGCGUCUUGAAUCUUGCACAAUAUGCGCAAUAUUUGGCUAUAUUAGAGAACGUUAUGAUAGUCUAUCCACACAGGUGAAGGUCUUCCAACAUGUAAAGAACCACUCAGCCCUGUUUGAAGAUGGGGAAACAAUGUGAAUCUUUUCUAGCUCUCUUUACACCAUGGACCAAAACAUUGUCUUUUUUCCACUGUUUGGAUUUAUUUAUUUUGUGAUGGCUCAUUUCCAUGUUUUAUGUUAAGUAUUAUUUUCCAAUGGAACUAAUGCCAGGAGCAAAUAAAGCAGGAGAAGGGAAAGGUGCCUGGUAUUAAUUGGGUUUUCCUCCCUGGCUGUAGCAAAUGAUGUUGGCAAGAGUGUAUGAAGAGGCUGUCACGACUCACCAGAAUGAAUUCAGCCGGGCAGGUCGUUGAACCUGCAUCAUCCAUGUGUAGCACAGUUUUCUAACUACUAAGACACUCUUUAAACCUUCACCAUCAUCUUCGCUCAUUGAGCUUCACUUUGUAAAGCCACAGCAGCAAGGAGCAGAUAGGAAUGCCCCGUUCUUGUUGUUUUCUCUUCUUCGAAGUCGAGCAUUUUCUAACCUGUGUAUGUACGUGACC